AUGUCUGCAGUCUUCGCUCAGCUGAACCAAGGCGACGCCGUCACCUCCGGCCUCCGCAAGGUCGAUAAGUCCGAGAUGACGCACAAGAACCCCAGCCUGCGUGCGGGCUCAACGGUUUCUGAACGCCCAAGCUCUCAGGGUAGCAUUUCCCGCUCCAAGUCACCUGCCCCGAGCAAGAAGCCCAAGCCGGAGAGCAUGCGUGCUCGUAAGCCGCCGCGUAAAGAGCUCGAAGGCAACAAGUGGCUCCUUGAGAAUUUCGAUAACCCCGGUGGAAUCAUCGAGAUCUCCGCUCAGCAGAAUCAAUCUAUCCUAAUCAGCCGUUGCAACAAGACAAUCGUGAAGGUGAACAACAAGGCCAACGCGAUUUCCAUCGAUAACUGCAACGGCCUUUCCAUCAUCGUGGACUCGCUUGUCAGCAGCCUCGAUGUCAUCAAGUCUCCCAAAUUUGCUCUGCAGAUUGACGGUGUCGUGCCCACUCUUCUGCUUGACCAAGUCGACGGUGCGACUAUCUACCUUGGACAGCAGAGCUUGGCUACCGAGGUCUUCUCUAGUAAAUGCACGGCUGUCAACAUCAUGCUCCCGCCUAAGGAGGGAACAGAUGAGGAUACCAAGGAGUGUCCCGUUCCAGAACAGAUCAAGUCGUAUAUCAAAGAUGGGGUCCUCGUGAGCGAAAUUGUCGAGCAUGCAGGCUAG